GGAGGUCGGUUGGCAACGCUGAAAUAUGCAAAAUUUAAGUUUUUUUUUUCUUUGCGUGUUUGUUUGUCGCUGUUGCAAAACGUAGCCCGAUUUGGAUGCAGAUCACCGAUUCAUUCCAAUUGGAAAACCCGGAAACGUUCACCGCUGCGAUUCAUAUUGGAAUUCGUUUCUUGAAGGUGGUGGUCUCUCGGUGGUGUUCGCAGUUUUUUUCACCGGAAAAGUAAAGUUGUCGCCAAUGAAAUGGCAACACUGAGGAAACGAUGAUCUCAACAAUGAAGAGCUGCAGAAAGAGCGAAAAGUUGGCGGCGGUGGCGGCAGCGGUGACGGCGGUGGAAGUGUUGUGAGUGAGACCGGUUUUUUUUCCUCUUUCGUUAGUGUUUCGGAGUUCACCUGGAGGAUCGUCUUCUUCUGGUGAUUCAGCGCUGUCGACGUUCCUUCGACUGUUCAGUAGUUGUCGUUUCCUCAUUUUCGACUUCCUUUCUUUUCUGUCUCCUUGUUUUCAUUCCGUUCCGUUUGCGCGUUCUCUCUUUCUGUAUUUCUGUCUCCCCCCGAAUUUGCGUGGGUCCGUUUCGGUGUGGAGGAGGGCCCCUGCAGGUCCUUGGCGACACCCCGAUCCUGCAGGAUGUCGGGUCCUCCAGGUGCGAACCCCUGCACCACCAGGGUGCUCAAAUCUUCACCAAGUGGACUCUCCAAGCAGGGCCCCAUCAAGGCCACCAUACCAAUGUCCUCGCUGGUCAAACAGAGUAGCUCUCUGCAGAAGAGUCCAACCAUUAUGUCUUCGUACUGCACCACCAACACCACCUGGAAAAAUACCAUCUCUUCAAACCACUCUGGACAAAGGAGCCCUGGCUCUUCGAUAAACAAAGGGAAUGUCAGAUGUUUGAGCAAUGCUGCCAAUGGAGGAAGUGCUAUUCGGAGGACAGCCUCCUUGGAUACAAUCUAUGUCUCAGGGCAGUGGCCACGGGAAUCCAACUACUGUGUCCAGCCAGCACUGCAAAUAAACAAAGCAACACAGACUGAUGAGUGUGAUUGGGUGGAGUCUAGGAAGAUCCAUCUGAGGCAAGACAGUGAUGAGAGGAUGAUGGACAAGUUCAGACAUAGGCUGCAGAGGAGCAAUAAUCAACAGACAUCCAGCAGCAGGAUUUCACCCAUCACUGGUGACCACACACUCACCACCAGCUCCCAAACAAACACAUCGUUCAUAAUACCUAGAGCGACACCAGCUGUAAGCAUACCAAUAAAGCCGUUGCCCAGACCGACGAUGAGGAACUCGGUGGAGGGUCUUAACCAGGAGAUCGAGGGUUUCGUGCUGAAGGCGGCCGGAGACGUGGCGAGCGAUAGGAGCGAGGAUUACGAUAAGCUGACGCAGAUCACGCCCGAAGGACAUCGGGCACCGCUGCCCGAUCUCUUCAGGAACACCAGGUCCGUGAACACACAAACUCCGUCCCUGGUUGACGUCACUGGCAGCUGCCAAUCUUCGAGUCCCCCUUCAAGAGACUCAAUAUCACCCAUGUCACAUGGGUAUUCAGACACGUCACCCUGCUCAGGUGGCAGCAGAGGUUCGAGUCCUGAUGCGGAUGGCGGCGGCGGCAGUCGGCUCGGUACGUCGCCUCGCAUGUUCUUGGCCCGCGGGCCACCGGACGGCUGCGAGCGAGUUCACCUGGUGGCCCUGGACGAGAGGCGGAGCCUGCCGCUGGACAACGCCCCACAGCCCAGCAACUUCCAAUUGAAACCUAGUCAAGGCUCCGCCUUCAAGAUUCUGCAGCCCGCCUCCAAGGAUCACCCACCAAUAGUGCCCACAGACGAACAGGACCUGAUCUAGCUUAUAAUGAUGAUGAUGAUGAUUAUGUUACACCAUACGUUUAACUCUACAAUUACAAACAAUAAGCAUAAUAGUAAUAAUAUACACAUACAAGAGGUGGAGAGACUCGUAACGCGAAAAAGAGGGCGUACUAAAAACAGCAGAAUGUAUAUAUAUAUAUAAUAAUAAUAUUGAUGACGUUGAGUGCUUCAGGUCAGGAGUUUACGUUUAUCGACUAUAUAUUUUUGUAUAUAAUUUCGAUAUAUAAUAUAUAUGUACAUACAUAUAUAUAAAUAAAAAAGCGUCAAAGGGGACGGAUUGCGAGAGAAAUAAAACGAGAAGUUUUUUUGGAGAAAGACAAAAAGUAUAUAUUUGGAACUGAUUAGUCAAUUAGGGCAUUAUUGAGAGGAAAAAA